AUGAAUGGCCUAGUUUUCUCAAAUUUCAACGUUGUAUGCGCCGCAUUCGGCGGCUUCCUCUUGAGUUUCGGGCUAGUGUCUGAUGCAUGGAAGCAACAAUUCCUGCUCUCCGAAGCAUUGAUUGCCUUGAUCGCCGGUGCAGUCCUGGCACACUUUGCGGGCUUCCUCCGUCCAGACGAAUAUGGCUGCGGAGACAACAAGAACAUAGAUUCUAUUACCCUUGAAUUCUCCCGGCUUGUCCUCGCAGUGCAGCUGGUCCUCACCGGCAUCCAGCUCCCUUCGCGCUACCUCUCCAGGGCAUGGCGCUCUAUUUUCUACCUCUUGGGGCCAACUCUGACGUUGAUGUGGCUUAGCGCGGGCCUCAUAAUAUGGUGGAUGUUACCUCGUUUGGACUUUGUGCACGCCCUGGCGAUUGGAGCCUGUGUUGCUCCGACCGAUCCAGUCCUUUCCAAUGCUGUCAUCAAAGGCCGAUUUGCAGAGAUCAAUACCCCCAAACCAUUGCAGAGACUCAUCGCAGCUGAAGCAGGGUUGAACGAUGGCCUCGGCUAUCCAUUUCUCUUCUUUGCGCUGUAUUGGAUCAAGCAUUCUGAGGGUCAAGGUAUCCAGCUACCCAUGCUCACAUCUUGGCUCGGUGGCACUUGGGGGUACGUUGUGAUUUUCAGCGUCGUAUAUGGUAUUGGGGUCGGGUACGCCGCACGAAAGCUGUUCUUCUCUGCCAGAAGACGCGGGUUCGUUGAGGAAGAGAGCUCUUUAACAUAUGUUAUCGCAUUAUCUCUAUUCGUUUUGGGAACCUGUGGAAUACUGGGAACCGACGAUAUUCUUGCUUGCUUCGUUGCCGGGUGUACAUUUGCGUGGGAUGACCAAUUCGAGCAGGACGCUUGCAGCGAGCUUUUCUGGUCUGCUGCCGAUAUGUUGGUCAACAUUUCAAUUUUCAUUUGGUAUGGUGCUGUGGCACCGUGGGCCUUAUUCGCAACAAACAACAUCGUCUCCCUUGGGAGAUUAUUGGCACUGGGCGUCCUAAUUCUUUGCCUUCGGCGCUUACCAGCGAUAUUGCUCAUGAAGCACAAGGUAACUGAGAUUGGAACCAUGUUCCAGGCAAUAUUUGUCGGAUUCUUUGGUCCCAUCGGGGUCUCAGCCGUAUUCUAUCUGCUGAUUGCCGUGGAGUUUCUUGAGGAGUUGGUCCAGGAUGACAAAGGCACGGCACUCGGGGAUAUACAGUACCUUCAAGAAGCCAUGCAGACAGUCUCGAAAGAGACAGCGGCCGAGAUACGAGAGGGGUGCAACAAGUAUGGUGUGCUUGUGUUCCGCGGCGCGAACCUCAACAAUGAACAACAGAUUGAAUUCACCGCCAACUUCGGCGAGAUGUAUGAUGUCAAAGCACACAUGAAGGCUGGCCGCAGGAUGCGGUUUCCCCAGCAGCCUGAGAUCUUCGAUGUAUCGAACCUGGAUGAGAAUGGCAAUGUGCUCACUGAGCUGGAGCCGGCACGCGUCGGAGCGAACAAAGGGAAUUGCCUUUGGCACGCAGACAUGGCUUACAAUCCACGCCGUGCACACUAUUCCCUCCUCCGCGCCGUCGAGCUUCCUCCCAAGGGCACCGGAGGUGCGACCCAGUACCUCGAUUCCCGAACCGCGUAUGACAAUCUCUCCGAGGAGAUGAAACAACGCAUUGACCCACUCGUUUGCAACAACUCGCUCUACCAUAACCGAAAGUUGGCGGCCCCAGACACAUUUGCAGAUUUCGAGCCUCUGGAUAUUCCAAUGGCGCGGCAUAAGUUGGCCCAGGUGCACGAGGAAUCAGGGCGCAUGAACCUGUAUAUCACAACGUAUGCACAUCAUUUUGACGGGGAGACCAUUGAGCAGAGCAGACCACUGGUGAACGAGUUACUUGACCAUGUCUCGCAGGACAAAUACUUGCUGACUGUGGAUUGGGAAAACAACGGCGAUAUGGUCAUGUGGGAUAACACUGCCGUCCUGCACCGAGCCACUCCGGGAGGAGCAUACACGACCAAGUAUAAACGAGACAUGCGUCGGACAUCAACGAAAGACAGCAGCUCUUAUGGAUGGGGAGUAGAUCGCACCGCCACGUGGGAGGCCGGUCUUCGAACGACAAAAGAAUAA